UGCUUCGGAGGACGAUGUCACAAUGCCUGGCUAUAUAUGGCUCGAGGGCCCCGUGAUAAACCAUUGCGAGCGGACCACAGGCACUCUUGACACCAUGAACUCUUUUAUUUGCAUUUUGGUCGUGGCCAGUUCGGCUCUGUGCUAUGCAGGAAACGUGCGCGAGAAGCGCGGAUUCUUACACGGACAUUCACACGACUCCGAAGGCUAUAGUUAUCCCGCGCCAUCUACUAGUUACACAGCCCCCAUUCCAAACUAUUCAGCCGAUUCCGAAACCUACGCUGCACCAGCUUUAGGUUUUUCCGUGCCUAUUAGUCACGCUUCUAAUUACGCACCCAUCCAUUCAAGUAGCUACGUGUCUUCAGCUGGCUACGGCUCCCUUUCUAAUUUUGGCUCUUCUUUGCCUGUUGUCAGCUAUGACAAACCAGCUGUCAAUUAUGGGGCUCCGUUGGUUAGCUACCCGGCGCCAUCAUCUAGCUAUUCUCCCGCCAUCAAUUACGCGUCACCACCUAUUAACUUCGCUUCUCCCUCGAUUAGUUAUGCGCAGAGCUACGCUCCUGUGCAUUCGGCACCCGCUACUCGCGUGGUGACCGUCAACAAGGUGGUAAACGUGAAAAAGGUUGUGACCGUCCCUCAAGUAAUCAACGUGGAGAAAAUAAUUAGCGUACCAAAAGUGAUCCAAAUAAAGAAAGUGGUACCUGUUUCUUCUGGCUGCUCCAAGUGCAAGGCCUCACUCGGCUCCGGAUAUGCGGCCAGCUACAACAGUGGAGGGUGGUAAUCUUAUAAGUUUAAUUAUUUACAAUAUAUUAUAAGUUAUUUCAAAUAGAUGAUUGUAUACGAA